AUGCGCGCUACGGGUGUCGUCAUCGCCGUGCUCGCCGGGCACGCCCUCGGGCACGGAGACCACAAGACCGGGUCGCACAAGCCACCGGUCGAUGAGAACGCAAGCUGGAUGCAAAAGCACAUGGCCGAAGAACACCACGCCGACGGCUUCGACGCAGCCUCCUUCUUUUCGCUCCACGACUUCAACGGCGACGGUAGCUGGGAGCGCGACGAGAUCCUGCGCACCUACGGACUGAUGGACGAGUCAAACAAGGACGUCCCUGGGGUACGCAAAGCCGAAAUCGUGCGCGACAUCAUGGCGCUCUUUGACGCCAACCACGACGGUCUCAUUAGCCGCGAUGAGUUCGUGAAAGCUAUCGAUGUCCAGGGCAAAACCUUGCCUGACAUGGGCACUGGGCCAGGGCAUCAUGGUGAUGACGAGUACGAAUAUGAGAUUCACCAUUGGGAGAAAUACCACGAUGAAAACACCAAGCUGGAGGACCUCACGCACCCCGAAGAUAUUGAACACUUCAAGAAGCACGAGCAGAUGGAAGAGGAGGAAGAACGACUGGAGCAGCUCAACAAGCAGAGCAUUAUCGAGGCGAACAUUCCUUCUAAAUUCCGGCGUGAGUAA